AUGAAAUGCUGUAGUUUGUCUCUGUGUUCAGGUGGAUCACUGAUCCUGCAGAGUCCUGUCCUCCCUGUGAUGGAGGGAGAUGAUGUCACUCUGCACUGUAAAACAAACACCUCCAACCUCCCAGCUGAUUUCUAUAAAGAUGGCUCCUUCAUCAGGACUGAGCCUGCAGGUCACAUGACCAUCCACCAUGUUUCCAAGUCUGAUGAAGGCCUCUACAAGUGUAACAUCAGCAGUCAUGGAGAGUCUCCAUCCAGCUGGAUCACUGUCACAGAGAAACCCACCACAACCUCUCAGUCUACACCCCUCUCCACUCCCACGUCCACCUCUCAACCUCUCAUUUCAUGGUUUGUUCCAUCUGUCUGUGGUCUGGUUGUACUGAUGCUACUGUUUCUACUGGUGAUACUGGUGAGACGAUGUGUUCAGAGGAAACCUAAAGCUGCUAAAUUAGAAGUUGGAGAAGAUGACAUCACAGAUGACAUCACAUACAGUGACAUCAAAAUAUUGCAUCACCAGCCACAGCCAAUCAGACAGAGUAGAGAGAGUGAUCCAGCUGCAGUUUACUCAGCAGUGAAAACAACAGAAGACGUCAGUUAUGGACAAAUAGUCAUCAAAUCUAACAGGACGAGAGAGAGUGAUCCAGCUGCAGUUUACUCAGCAGUGAAAAGAACAGAAGACGUCAGUUAUGGACAAAUAGUCGUCAAAUCAAACAAGAGGAGAGCAUGUCCACCGGAGCCAGAGGUUGUCUACUCUUCACUGAGGUAGACCUCCACACCUUCACACCAGUCCAACCACUGAUGUCCAGCUGGCCUGUUACUGGUCUCCAGAGCCCCUCAGGCAGUAGUACAUUCAUUUUUUAAACAUAUUUUAUAUAUUUCAUGUUGUUCUCUCUAAAUUAGACUCAUGCAGCAACAGAAAGACAAACAACAGAUUCAUUUUCAGAUGUGUUUUUAGUGAAUAA